AUGUCCGCAGGACGAGGUCAGCCAAUUGAAAGCCCAUCCAGACAUAUCCAGACCGUCGAGACGCUGGAUAUCUACAGAAUCUUUGGAAAAGGUGAACCACAAGUACUCUCCAAUCGGGAUACCGGUGACGUUCUCGGUGAUGUCUCCUUCAUCUGCACGCAAGGAUCCGGCGCAGAGUACGAGUCGAAGUUCAUCACGCACUGGCAAGUGGAGGUUAGCAAAGCUUUUGGCCAGUAUGCCUUGUGUAACUUCAACGGCACCGCCAACGUUUGCAUGGGUGCAGGAUCUCAGUUGAAGCGUGUGGGCCGCAGGGGCUCGCAAAUCCAGUCUGGCAAGAAAGCAAUUGGGCAGUGCGACCUCAAUGCGGACGUGGGCAGCCAGUACAGCUUUCCAGAAUCAGGGGAGUGUCCUCCCAACGUUGUGCCGAGCGAAGCCAAUGGCUGCUUCUGGGCCAAUGCAAGGCCUUUGCGCACCGUGGCGGCGAACUGCGUAAUGCAGGACCGCAAGCUCCUGGAGGUCUGCAAAACGGAGUUUGGCCACGCUCCAUUCACGAAGUCUGCAGCAAUCUUCAGAGACGCACUUGCCUCUGCGGACGUGUCCACGGGAGGAUGUCCCGAUGCGCCGGUUGCCACGAUCGUCGUUUGA